GGUAAAGGAGGCGGUUUAAUUGCCCUGCAUCGUGGAAGACAAAGACCCUGGAAUGGAGGGUGAACUUUCCCAGCUAGGCGGGGAGAAAAGCAGACGGCAAAGCAGGCAGAGAGAAACUGGCUGGGGUAACGCAAACAGCAAGACAGUCCCGAGUUCAGGGGUAAGCCUGGAUCCAUCAGAGGAAGGGGCUCGGUUCUGGGGAGCAGACACAAGAGAGGCAGUGACGGGGAGGGGGCUCGACGAGGGGGGCGACAUGGGCCAGGAACCAUGGGGCACCGAAGAAGAGGACGACAGCACUGAUCCAGAGCCGAAAGAUGUGAGGGAGAUGUACAACCCAACUGGACAGGCACGAUAUAAGGCAGCCUGUGAGGUGUUUGGUGUGGUCCCCAUCUCUUACUUCCUAUGUCACAUGCAUGACAGCGAAUUAACCAUGAUGCACCACGGCCUGGGACCCCAGGGUACCAAAGCCCUGGCAGUUCCCUUGGUAACCAACACUUACAUCCUGAAGCUGAACCUGAGGGAUAAUUGGAUGGAGGAGAUGGGUGGAGCCGCCUUGGCUGAGAUGUUGAAAGAGAACUGUUACAUCACAGACAUUGAUUUGUCUGAGAACCGGCUGAGAGACAUGGGGGCCAAUGCCAUCUCCAACAUGCUCCUGGAGAACACCACACUGAUCCGCCUGAACCUCUCCGCCAAUAACUUCGGUGACCAGGCAGCUGCGGGUCUGGCCAGGGCCUUCGUGGGAAAUCUAAAACUCCAAGAGGUGGACCUGAGUCACAACACCAUGAGUGAAAAGUCAGGGGAAAUUCUCGGGGAUGCUAUUGCAGAAAACACCAGUCUUAGGAGGCUAAACCUGGCCUGGAACUGUAUACGUGGGAAAGGGACACUGGCUGUGGCUAAGGGCCUUGGGGCAAACAUAUUCCUCAGAGUUCUCGACUUGUCUUACAACGGAUUCGCAGGAGAUGGGGCAGCAGCACUAGGAGAGGCACUGAAAACAAACAACGUUUUGGAGGAGCUGAACAUCAGCAACAAUCGGAUUCCCCCUGACGGCGCGAUCCGCUUCGCGACGGGUCUACGUGUAAACAAAACCAUCAAAUCUCUUAAUAUGUCCCGGAACCCCCUGCAAUCUGCAGGCUGUCACGGUGUCCUGAAGGCCGUCCAGGGAAACCCAGGGUCAGCAGUCGAGUCCUUGGAUUUUUCAGACAUCUCUGUAAACAAGGACUUUGAGGAUUUGUGCAACGCAGUCAAAGAUGCAUUUCCAGGCCUGCAGGUGAAACACGGAGGCAGCUCAAGCAUGUUCAAAGGACCCCAAGGAGCUGUACCUGCUAAGCGCGGGCAGAACGGGGCGGCUGUGUAAUGAUGGGGCCGCAGUUACUACAUUUCACCACAAGAGGGAGGUCUCUGUUCACAUAAAUAUGCUAAUUGACCUAUUAGGGUUUUAGUAAUCCCUUAAUUUUUUUAUUAAAUCGUUUGUCUGUAUAUACACAAUACCAAAAUGUAAAACUGUAAUACUAACAAAAAACUGUACAGUACAGCUUUCCCAGCUGACCCUAGGACCAAAUCUAAUAUAAUGGUGGAAUAGAUCAGUGUAAUAUUAAAAUAACAAAUAUUUGAAAGACAUUUAGUUAUUGUACCGUAACCAUACAAUUACAUAAAGCCAAAUUCAGCAAUAAUGUUUAACUUGUUAUCAGAGAUGACCGAACUCUCAGACUGGACAGCUGAUAAAGAUGUGUCGAGAGAACAUUUAAAAAGGAAAACGGGGAAUCUUAUGAAGUUACAGGGUGAGGUACAGGGAAUGAUUUUAGGGAAACCCCAGGGUAAGGCAUAGAGUUUUUAUAAAUUUAAUGCGGUGUAUAUUUUACCUGCAUACUAACUGGUAUAAAUACUCAUUGUAUUUAAGAAAAUAAACGUGGAU